ACAAUGGCUGCAGCUGCUACCACCUCCCUCCAUUUCGCUAUGUACCCUUGGUUUGCCCUUGGCCAUCUCACUCCAUUUCUCCAUCUCUCAAACAAGUUAGCCAAAAAAGGCCACAAAAUAUCCUUCUUCAUCCCCACCAAAACGCUUCCCAAAUUGCAGCCCUUAAAUCAAUUUCCUAAUCUCAUUGCCUUCAUCCCCAUCACUGUUCCUCAUGUUGAAGGCCUUCCCCAUGGCGCCGAGACCACUUCGGAUGUCCCUUACCCUCUCCACACCCUCAUCAUGACUGCCAUGGAUCUCACUCAAUCUCAAAUCAACCUCCUCCUUGAAGACUUAAAGCCUCAUCUCAUCUUCUUUGAUUUCACUCAUUGGUUGCCACAAUUGGCUCGCCAAUUGGGUAUCAAAUCAAUUCAUUAUUGUGUCACAAGUGCCGCCAUGAUUGCUUAUACUCUAGCCCCAUCAAGGCAAUUCUCUAAAAACGAGUUAACCGAGGAAGAUCUCAUGAACCCUCCUCUUGGAUACCCUAGCUCCAACAUUAAGCUCCAUGCUCAUGAGGCUAAAGUUUUUGCAUCAAGAAGGAAGUGGAAAUUUGGAAGUGAUGUUCUUUUCUAUGAUCGUCAAUUCAUUAGUUUUAGUGAAUGUGAUGCAAUAGGGUUUAGAACAUGUCAUGAAAUUGAAGGAGAUUUUGUAAAUUAUCUUCAAAUUGAGUUCAAAAAACCUAUUUUUCUAUCUGGGUCAGUCAUACCUGAGCCAUUAACAACACCUCUAGAGGAGAAAUGGGCAAGCUGGCUCUUAGGGUUUACCAAGGGCUCAGUGAUAUAUUGUGCUUUUGGGAGUGAGUGUACGUUAAAAAUUGAGCAAUUUCAAGAACUUUUGUUGGGGUUUGAGCUUUCAAACAUGCCAUUCCUUGCAGCACUCAAGCCACCGUUCGGGGUGGACUCGAUCGAAGAUGCAUUGCCAAAAGAGUUCGUGGAGAGAAUUGGAGGGCGAGGUGUGGUUCAUGGCGGGUGGGUUCAACAAGAGAGGAUUUUGGAGCAUCCAUCGGUGGGAUGCUUUGUUAGUCAUUGUGGAUCCAAUUCUUUGAAGGAGGCAUUGGUGAAUAAGUGUCAAUUGGUGUUGUUGCCUCAAGUUGGUGAUCAAAUUAUCAAUGCGAGGAUGAUGGGGAACAAUCUUAGAGUUGGAGUGGAAGUGGAGAAAAGGGAAGAGGAUGGAUUGUUUACAAAGGAAAGUGUGUGUAAAGCUGUGAGGAUUGUGAUGGAGGAAGACAAUGAAAUUGGAAAAGAAGUUAGAAAAAAUCAUGAUAAAAUAAGGGAUCUUUUGUUGACAAAAGAUUUGGAACAAUCUUAUAUGGAUAAUUUUAGCAAGAGUCUUUGUGAUUUUGUGGCAAACAAGUAG